AUGAACACCGACGAGCAAAGUACUCACAGACACACGUUCUCGCAGAGUACGGCGUUUUCGGAAGAUGUAGAUAGUACAGCGACUACCCUCUUCGGAGGCUCGGGUGGCGGGAGUUUUGACGAAGGACGGAAGUAUGCUGAUGUUGAGCUUGAACGGUGGGAACGGCGCAAGCAUGGCGUCAGCAAGUAUUCCAAGGAAGACUACGAAUAUCACGAGGACCACGAAGACGCAGGCUACGACACCGACUCCACCCUCUCUAACCUCCCGUCUCAUCGUGAAGAACACCACACCCUCCUCACCCUUCCCCCCUUAACCCGCCCCACAAGCCACACCAGCUUCGGCGACGACAGCGAACCUCCACCGCCGCCCCGCUCCCCAACAGCAAAACAAGUCUCCUGGUCCGACCUCCCCCGCAAAAGCCAACUCACCAUCCUCACCCUUGCCCGCCUCUCGGAACCCCUAACCCAAACGUCCUUACAAAGCUACAUGUUCUACCAGCUCAAAUCCUUCCCCCUCGCCGACGGCUCUACCCCCUCUGACGGCACAGUAGCGAAGCAAGCCGGGAUUCUCGCUGCCGCGUUCACAGGUGCGCAGUUCUUGACGGCCAUGCUGUGGGGACGGGCGGCGGAUUCGGAGUGGUUUGGACGGAAACGUGUUAUCCUUAUCGGGCUCCUGGGGACUGCUAUAGGGAGCUUGGGGUUCGGUUUUAGCGGCAGUUUCGCGCAAGCGGUGGUCUGGCGCGCGGUGGGCGGGGCAUUGAAUGGGAACAUUGGGGUGAUGAGGACGAUGAUUAGUGAGAUUAUUCGGGAGAAGAGGUUUCAAAGCCGGGCGUUUUUGUUGAUGCCAAUGACGUUUAAUGUUGGGGUGAUUAUUGGGCCGUUGCUGGGGGGGCUGUUGGCGGAUCCGGUGGGGAGCUGGCCCGGGGUUUUUGAGGGGGUGGGGUGGUUGCGGAGGUGGCCUUAUGCGCUGCCGAAUGUGGUUAAUGCGCUUUUUCUGGGGUUGAGUGCGUUGGCGUUGGUUUUUGGGUUGGAGGAGACGCUCGAGGGGAGGAGGGGGAGAGUGGAUUGGGGGUUGACGUAUAGUCGGUGGGUUGGGAGGGUGGUUUUUAGGAGGAAGGCGAGGCAGGAGUAUCGUCCGGUGGUUGAUCGAGAGGAUGGCGGAGAGGAGGAUCUCGAGAUGAGCGCGGCUACGCCAACAGCGAAGGAGCCUGCAGUCCGACGGAAGCUGCCUUUCCGAAGGAUCUGGACGUCGAAUGUGCUGUUCACCCUCGUCUCUCAUGGUCUCAUGGCAUGCCACGUUGGCACCUUCAACAACCUCUGGUUCGUCUUCCUCUCCACACCGCGGUACGACCCAGCCAGCAGCCAGCAUCGACCACGAUCCGCCCAUCCCGCUACAGGACCGAGCGAGGCCCUCAAAACUGUCCCCAAGAACUACCACCCCCACCUCCCCUUCGUCUUCACCGGCGGCCUCGCCCUCCCGCCACCUUCAAUCGGAACCGCUCUUGCCAUCCUGGGCGUGAUUGGCAUCAGCCUCCAACUCCUGCUCUACCCUCGCCUCUCCUUCCGCCUCGGCACAACUCGCUCCUUCCGCCUUUCCAUCCUGCUAUUCCCAAUCUCCUACUUCCUAGCGCCCUACCUCUCCGCCCUGCCCUCCUCGACACCACCGCCAGGCCAGGCGACUGGAUUCCUAGUCUGGCUCGGCAUCACCCUCGUGCUCUGCGUGCAAGUCAUGGCGCGCACGUUCGCACUCCCUGCUGCUGCUAUUCUGGUGAAUAACAGCUGUCCCCACCCCUCGGUGCUGGGGACGUUGCACGGGAUUGCGCAGUCCGUGAGCUCGGCGACGAGGACGGUGGGGCCGGUGUUGUUUGGUUGGUUGUACGGUGUUGGAUUGGAGAAGGGGGUGGUGGGGACGGCUUGGUGGGGUAUGGCUGGUGUGGCGGUGUUGGGCGCGGUUGCGGGGAGGUUUGUGAGGGAGGGUGAUGGGCAUGAGAUUUGGUUGGAGGGGGAGAGGGAGGAGGAGGCGGAGGGGAAGGGGUAG